AUGUAGGUAAAAAGCUUUCACUUAACAAGCAAGCAAUCAGGAUUAAACCAAAAAAUGAUGAAGAGUCUGAUUAAUUUUUUGGAUUAAUUAAUGAGGCCAUAUCACAAAAGCGACCUAGAGCGAAUAGUAGAUCAAAUAAACCUAAGAGGCUUUCAAAGAGGUAAUUAUUUGGUAUAAGGCAAAAGGGAACAAAAGACUUAAAAUAAUUACAUUACAUCUUUGAAAGAAAUUCAAUUGACUCAAAAUCAAAAUGAAAGUUAUUGCGAGGGAAUAGAUGAGGAGGUAAACAUUAAUAGGUCAGUUCUCAAUUUCGAAGUAAAGAUUAUAAAUAAAAAUAGCUUAUUGAUGCUGUAGAACUUGAAAGUAGAAUAGGUCGAAAGUAAGAACAAAGUAAAGUAUAUCGAUCUUUUGAAGGCCUAAUGAAUGAUGAAUAAAACACCUCUCAAUAUUAUAAGUUCAACCAAAAAAGUUAAGAAAACAUCAGAGAUCACUAAACUGAAUAUCUAAAGUCAUAAGGCUAACAAGAAAUUUUGAAUGAAUAUCAUGUACGAUCAAAAAGAAACGUAUACGAGGACAACUACAAUUUAAUAUUGAUGAACUCUCAAGGAAUAGAAGCUAUUUUGAAUAACUUCCAUAAUUAUUUUGAUUCUUAUCCCCUUUUGAAAUUGAGAAAAUACGUUGUCCUUCUAUUGGAGUUGCUCUCUUAGAUCUGCGAAAUGAUCAUAUCAAGUAGAAUAUAUAGAUAUGUGAUGCUUUUUCUCAUUACGACAAACAUAAUCUUAUUAAUAACAAAAUAUUAUGGCAAUUUUUAUGAGCAAUAUUAAGAAUUUUUUGAUACAUAACAGGAGGGUAUGAAUAAAAUAGUUAUUUAGUGUUUUUUAUAAUAUAUGUUUUAGAAAUAUGCAUCCGAGUGUCAGGUCACAAUAUAGUAAACUUUUUCUGUCAAUUUUGGAACAUUUUUGAUUUGUUAAAUGUAGUGAUUUUGGGGUUAGUGACAUAUGGACUGAUUUCAUUUGACUUUUCGCCUUUAAGAGCAAUAAGAGUAUUGAUUUUCUUAAGUUAAUUAUCCUCAUAAUUGCAAUUAACUUUCAAAGCACUAAUUCAAUCAUUAAGAUAUAUGCUAGAAGCUUUGUUGAUUGUCUUAAUAUUUUGUGUUCUUUUUGCUAAUAUAGGUCUUCAUUAAUUUGCAACUGCGUUUUACAAUAAAUGUGUUUACUUGGAAGAUGGACUUAUAUUAUCUGAUUAGUAUUGUGGAUGGCUAGACUGUCCAAUUUACUCAACCUGUAUAAACAUUCCAAUAAUAUUUGCUCCAGAUCCAAUAACUAAUUUUAAUAACUUCAUUAAUUCAUUCAUUUCUAUCAUAAGAAUCAUUACAAUGGAUAAUUGGACUGAUUUGAUGUAUCCUACUCUUUACACUUAAAGUCCAUUGACAUGGAUAUAUUUUGUAUUUGUGAUAUUCAUAGUUGGAUUCUUUGCAUUUAAUUUGAUUAUUGCUAUUUUGAAGACAUAUUAUUCGCAUAUAGUUGCCAACUAUUCAUAGGAUCAAGAGGAUGUUAGAAAAGAGUAGGAUGAUCAAAUUGAAAUUAAUUUGAGAUUUAUAAAGGAUUUAGGACUCUAUUAGAAAUUAAAAGUGCUAUAAAGAGCUAAACUUCACACUUAAUAAUAAGCUUAGGAUUGCUCUUAAUCCUAGAUUAUCAAUAAUUAUACAAUAAAACAGCCAUUCUUACACUAAUAAGGGGGAAAUUCAUCGAUAAUGAGUCCUUAAAUAUCAGCUAGAAUUGUUGCAAAGAGCACUGCAAAGAAACUUCAAAGAUUUGCUAAAAGUUAAAUUGAAAAGACUUAAAAAAAGAAGUAGUAUGCUCAUGUACUUUCAGCUCGACAAAGAAGAGAAAUGGAAGAGCUGAACAAUGAAAAAAAGACCAAUUUAAUAGGUAAAAUUAAGUCAUCGUGCAAGUUGAGAUACAUAAUAUUACCGAAACGAUCAUUAAUUUUGGAAUAGACAUUCUAAUUUUAAAACUCAAAUGAAGAGGAAAUGGAUAUUCUACAUUAAUUAUAAACACAUGAUGUUUUAGGUUGGAAAGUAUCAGUUGUGUACAAAGAUUAUGUUUCUAACUCUUAAAGUGAAGUAUUAGGAUAAAAACAAGAGUACUUAUUAAAGGAGAAAAAAUUAGUUACAGAAUUAUAGAAGAUUAGAUCAAAAAAAAUUCAUUAAUUCUAUUUUGAUGAUGAAAUCCUCAAGUAAUACUAAAAUACUUGUAACAAAAUGAUUAGAAGCAGUAUCUUACCGAUAAAUAAAACCAAAAGAUAAAUAAGGGUAUAAUCUCAAACUUUUGACGAAUUAAGAAACGAUGAAAUAGAAAUACUUUCUCCAAAGAGACAAUCAUCUAAAUCAUCUAGUGUUGAAAGGAAAUUCAGAUUCCAAAGAAAAACUAUGUUCGCAAUAAAGAAAUAGAAGAGCGAUUUCUUUUUUGAGUUUCCAGAGUAUUAGGAAGGAGAACCCUUUAUUCUCUUAAAUGGUGUCAAAAGGAAUUAUGAAUCUGUUUCUAUUCUAAUCAAUAGAACAUUAGAAAAUGAACAAGAGAUUACAGAUACAGAAGAUUUGAAUACUCUAUUUUUUUAAUAUCUAAAAUAUCGUGUAAGAAUUAAGUAAUUAUUUAAUAGAGAUUGGAAAUUAAGAAUAAUGUAAUAUUUAAGCAAAACAUUUCGUUACUUGAUGUUAUCAAGAAUAAAAAACUAAGUCUGUUAUCAAUUUUUAGAUCUUUAAACUCUAAAGAAAUUCAUAUUUGGAUGAUAGGAUUUACUGGGUUAUGGAAGUCUUUCUAGUUAAAAAUAAAAAUGUGGUUAAACAACAGUUUCAUCAAUUUAAUAUUUGAUUUUUCAAAUUUGUUGAGUUUCUGUGUUUUAUGUUCAAUUGGGUUUUUAGAUGAUGAACUCAUAGAGUAGAUUAAUUUGUAUAUGACCUUCUAAUUAAUCGCUUAGAUUUCUUUAAAAUUAAUAAGCUAAGGCAUAAGUAAAGUAAUGCAAAUUAAUUUUAGUACUUUUUGGAUAUGAAGGAGACAAUAUUUUAGACUCAAUGGUGAUAAUAACUUAGAUUAUUUAUAAUAUAAUCAUAUCCACUGAUAUUUCAUUAAAAGAUAAUUAUGGAAGUGAAAUAAAGGCAUUAAGAGCAACAAACGCAAUUUUAUUAUAUAGGAUUAUCAAAUAUAAUUAAUUUGUAACCAGGAUUAUGAGAAUAGCAAAGAUCACAUUUAAGAAGUAAUAAAAUAAUCUAAUACCUUAGGUAUUUGAGUUUAAUGUUUUUAAUGUUAUCUAUCAUCUUGAUAAUUUCUAUUUUGGGAAUGUAAUUCUUCAUUGAGAAUUUCCAAGAAAAUGAGGGUUUAUCAUAAUUACAUUCGUUUAAGAGUUUUGCAAAGUCUUGGAUGACCAUAUUUAACAUCAGUACAAAUGAUGAUGCUGUUGGUAUGUUAAAAGUAGUUAUCAAAUAUCAACAACCUUGGAUUGGUAUCCUAUUCUAUUUCAUAACUGUAUUUACAAUAAAUUAUCUGAUAUAUGGUCUUGUGAUGGCAGUAUUAUUGGAUGCUUUCUCAUCUGAAUUGGAGAGGGUUGUUGAAAAUUAACAAGAUCAAUCCUUGAUUCUGGCAAGGAAGGUGGGAAUAUAAGAGAAUAUUUAAUUUGAUUAACAAAACAACAAUAUUACACAAAAUGAAGAGGAAUUGUAUUUGAUCUAUUGUUAUUUUUAGAGUUUAGGAUUAAAGCACCCAACCUACUAAAUCCCAUUCGUCGAAACAUCAUGCCAAAAUCAAUAUUCGAGAUUUGCCAGAGACAUCGUAAAAACUAUUUAUGAAAAAGAGAAAAAGAUAUUGUAAACACUAUUUUGAAUAUUAUAGAACUCAUCUAUUACGAAGAUACUAAAUGCGCAGACUCUUGCUUUAUUUUUUCAUACAAUAAUAGGUUUAGAAAGAUAUGUUAUAAAAUUUCUAAAAGUUUACCCUUUAAACUCUUAAAUGAUGUUACCAUUAUUAUAUCAGUAGUAUUUUAAAUACUAUCGGACUUUUAAUUGUCAAAUAACCAAUAAUUAUUUGACUCCCAUUUGGAUAAAUACUUCGAGAUUACCUUACUUAUUUAGAACAUUGUGAUUCUGACUAUUUUCAUUGUUGAAAUCAUAGCUAAAGGUUUUAUCCUUAAUCAAGGGACCAUCCUGAGAGAUUUUUGGAAACUGGUUAAUAUGACCUAUACUACAGCAUAUUUCUUGAGUUUUAUAAGUUCAGCUCCAAUUUUAAAAUAGGCGCAUCAUUUAAGUAAAAUAUUUGGUAACUUAGUUUUCUGCAGACCACUAAUGAUGGUGAAUAUGUUUGAUAGUGUUUAAGGCGUAAAGAAUGCCAUGGUUAAAAGCUUAAUUUAGAUCAUCAAUAUAGUGGCUGUAAUUUUAUUUGUGUUUAUGGUUUUUAAUGUGUUUGCAAUGCAUUUAUACUAGAAGAAAAUGGGGUAUUGUGAGGAUCUAAUGAAUUUUCAUAUCAGUUAUUCUGAGUGCCAAAAGUAAAACAAACAAUGGAUCAAUCAUCCUUACAAUUUCGAUAAUUUUGUAAAUGGAUUAUUUACAUUAACUAUGAUAUCUUCAUUAGAUGCAUGGGGAGAAAUCAUGUAAGUGUGUUACAAUGCCAGCAAUUCAAGUACAGGACCUUCUCCAUUUAAAAUUUAAUGGGCAACUUAUUUAUUAUUUGUGACUUUUAUUUUCAUAGGAGCUAUGUUUUUUAUGGGUUUUCUGACAGGUGUGUUAUUUACUGAAUUUUAAAAGCUUACAAAAAAAAUAGAAAACAAAAACUUAACAUAAGAUCAAUCUCAAUUCAUAUAAAUUUGCUCCAUUGUUCUCAAUUAAAAACCUGGUUAUUCUCAUGCUCCUCAUUCCACUAUUAGAAAAUUGGCUUAUAAGUUGGUCUUUAAUAAAUAGUAAAAUAUUUAUACAAUAAUUUUAGUUACAAAUAUUUAUACAAUUGUAUUUUGGUUACAAAUAGUAUUGUGCUGUGUUUUCUAUUUGAUAUUCAUUCAUAAUACACUAGAAAUUUAGCUAAUUAAUUGUAUUAAUUGCACGCUAUAAUUUUCAACUUUGAUUGCAUAAUAAAGUUAAUGGCAUAUGGAGUCACUAGGUAUAUGUCUUCAAGGUGGAGAUUGUUUGAAUUAAUCAUAACAAUUAUCUCAAUUGCAGAUUUCGUGUAUGAUGUGAAAAAAAGGUGGUUUCAUCUUUUUACAAAUGGCUCAUAGAAUGAAUUUAUAAUUUACAUAGCCAAGGUCUUCUUGAUCUGUAGAGAUAUAAAGAUCUUGCUAAUAUUCUAAGAAUUUAAAGGACUUUAGAGAUUGAUGCGAGUCUUGUUCUUUACAUCCUCCAUACUUCUCAAAUUACUUUAUAUUUAAUUAACCAUACAAGCUACAUAUGCUCUGAUAGGAACUCGUCUAUUUGGUCAUAUCACAAAAGUAAAUAAUUAUUUGUAUACAUUUUUAGGGGAGAGCCAUUGAUGAGUAUUAUCUUAACUUUAGGAAUUUUAUCAAUGCAGCUUUGGUCCUAUUUAAAUGUACAACGGGAGAUGAUUGGAGAGCCCUAAUUAUUGAUUGUAGUAGGUCCAAUAUGUAUUGCCGAGAUGAUGUUCAAUAAUGUGGUUCUGGUUGGGCAUAUAUAUACUUUUUAUCCUACUAUUUACUGUCCAAUAUAAUAGUCAUGAACUUAUUCGUAUUAGCUUUGGUCGAUCAAUUUGAAAGUACUUAUACACUUCUAAGAUUUAUAGGUUUUUUUAGUACUACGACGAAUGUGAUUUAAACUUUUGUUGAGAACAUCGAUCAUUUCUGUAAUUGUUGGUGUCGUUAUACUUACGAUACUAAGGGACUCAAAAUGCACACAAGAUAUAUCGGUAGAUUUUUAUUAGAUUUGAAUCAACCACUAGGGGCUUAGAAGGGAGACAACAUAUGGGAUGCUGCGAAAGAUGCAUUCAAUUUUAGGAUUAGGGCGUAAUCUAUUAUUACAUUUUAGGGAUAAAAGGAGUUAUGUUAAUUUCAAUGAAUUAUUAUAUGAAACAUUGAGAUUUGCGUUCUUGGAAAAAGUGUUUAAGGAUGGCACUUAGGCAGGGAAGGCUGAGAUGAAAUUAUUUGAUAUGGCUAUGAAGAGAAAGUUAAAUGAGAAGAUGAAGGAAAAAUAGAGAAGUGGAGAAUCUUAGGGGAAUAUUAAGUUAUUUGAUUCAAUUGAUGAAUCUUUUGAUUUCAAAUACUCUUACUAGAAUUUCAACAUUUUACAGGAGUAUUUACAUUUGCUGAUAAUUUUUAAAACUUGGAAAUCAUACACAAUUAAUAUAUUUGAAAAGUCAAAAAGGGGACUUCAGAAUUAUACUGAAUAAUCGAGUGAUGAGAGACACGAGUAUAUAUAAUCAUUCAGCGUUCAUACAAAGGAUGGGUUAUAGGUGUUGAAUGAAGAGAAGCUGUAUGCUUCUUAGGCUAUUGAUGAGUAAAACAAAGAGGAGAUAAUGCAGAACUUCAAAGAGUCAAAUAAAUACAGAUUAACAAAUUACAAUUCAUAGAAUAGUUCUACUUUGCAAGGUGUUGUAUAUGAACCUGCAGGAACAAAUCCUACUUCCAUUAUCAGAAUGCAAUCAACCUCUUUGGAACCAUAAGGAGUUUAAAGAUCUAUUUUGAAGAAGAAAUGUUAAACAUUAACAUUGAAUGAUGUCCUUUUGUAUUAGAACAAAUAAAAGCAAAAUGAGAAUAAAUUAAACUGA